GAUUCUACAUGGACUAUUGGUGGAGCUAGAUGGGCAUUUUUCGCUAUUCCCUUCGUUAUUAUUCUAGUAGGCAUAUUUGGAACCUUGCGAGCUAACAAGAAAAGAUUUCAGCUGGGAGCCAAACCUAUCUAUGGGACAAGAUGGAUGACUCCUCCGUCAUACAGACAGUCACAAACACAAUAUGACCAACCUGUAAAUAUUAGAGAUGCAGAUCUUCCUAGUACCUACGUCCCAGCCUACACGGCUGAGGCCAAUGAAUACGAUAUGGGACAUUACGACCAAGCAGGCAAAUUCCACUCUAAUCCAAACGCGAGGGCCGCUCUAAUGGCACCACCACCAAGUGCUCAUCAAAGACAGAAUUCGGCACAUGGUGAUGCAAUUCCAAUCAGUUCUACGGUGCCGGCUGCGGCAUUAACAGAUGAGGAUGGCGAUAUUUCCAGACCAGAGGGUCCUCCUCCA